GGAGAGAGAGGGGUCAAAUCGAGUGGCGAAGGGGUUGGGUCGUCUUUUACAUUUUUGUUUUUGUGGUGCUCGGAUUAGGCUGAGGGUUUCAAACAAAAACACACACAACACACACAGACCCGAGAGAGAAGAAAGAGAGUCGAGAUAUAGAGAGCCCUGAAAGCUCAAGAUAAUACUGGAGACACAACUCUCUAAGCUUAAUACAAAACCCCCAAUCGUCGAUUGUCUUCUUCUUCCUUUACCUUCUCUCUUCUUUUAAGCUCUGCUAAUAUCAGCCGAUGGAUCCCUUCGAUUUGAUACGAAAAGGGUUUGGUUGAAGCUUAAUGAAAAACAAGUUCUUCUUUCAUUCAAAGCUGGUCUAGUUAUUUCCAUCUUAGUAAAUAAUGAGCUUGUCCAAGAAAGGAACCUUUACUAAUGACACAAAAGUAAGCACCGCAAACAAGGCAACUGCCUUGAAUCCAAAUGCAGCAGAGUUCGUUCCUUUUUCCCUCAGAUCUCCGUCAUCUGGAAGCACCAGCACAGGUCAGGCCGCAACAAAGUUUUCUUCCACUGGAACCUUUGGAAAAGCAGUACUAGAUCGAACAGAGUCUUCUGCAUCAAAUAAUUCCGAUGAAGAGGCCCACCAAUAUUGGCGUCACCAGCUCCCUGAUGAUAUUACUCCUGACUUUAAGGUCAUGGGAGAAGAUGAGUCACAAGGCCUUGGGAAUCUCUCUUUGGCGGGUUUGUCCUUACAUGAGGAUGGUGAAGCAACACAGUUUCCUGCCUCUACAGGCAGUGGAUACUUAUUGAACGAGUCACAUAUUAAUGGUAAUAACUUUUCUGAAAAGUUAAGAGCUUCUGCACCCCCCUUUGGGGAUGAUCUGUCCUCCGCCAGUUUCUUGCAUAUGUCACCUAAGCCUUGGGAUAAGCAAAUUGUGAACAGUAAUCAGCUUGUUAGCAAUGGUCAGGAGGGGUCUCCAUAUGAUGGAUUUUCUAGACAGGGGUUCAUGAAUGAUAUGUUCAGUGAGCAUGCAGUUGUCGACGAUACUGAUAUUAACCCUGCUGAGUUUUUGGCUUCACAGUUCCCUGGAUUUUCUGCUCAGAGCCUUGCCGAAGUUUACUUUGCCAAUGGUUGUGACUUAAACCUUACUAUUGAGAUGUUGACUCAGUUGGAGCUUCAAGUUGAUGGUGGUUUUAAUGAGAAUCUGAACUCGAAGACUGUGUCAGCUCCCGAUCUUAGUUCAAUGGAUUUCCCUGCACUUACACCAACAGAUGGUCAGCAUAGUCAUCCAAAAUAUGGAGAUGAUGAUCUCCAGCAAAGUGGCAAUCCUUACCGAUCUUCUGACAAGGACAACAUGCUUUUUUUCAAGUCUAGCUCAUCCAUUCCAUCUAGAGGUGCAAUAGAUUUUGCUUCAGCUGUCAGGAAAUUGGCUGCUCAGGAUUCUGGUGGAUGGAAGUAUGAGAGAAAUGGUUCUCCCGAAGCCGCUAUUGGCUCAAGCAGACGUUCCCAUCUUUUGCCUAGCACUUACAAUACUGGGCAUGGAAGAGGCAUCUACAGUGACAGGUCGCAGAAUCGUGGUUCAGCUCGGACUGCUCCUGUUUGGCUUGAAACUGGAGAUGCUGUUGCAAAUAUGUAUUCUGAUAUACGGGAUGAAGCUCGUGACCAUGCACGCCUACGUAAUGCAUAUUUUGAGCAGGCACGGCAAGCAUACCUUAUUGGAAACAAGGCUCUGGCGAAGGAGCUGAGCGUUAAAGGACAGCUGCACAACAUGCAUAUGAAGGAAGCUCAUGGAAAAGCUCAAGAAUCUAUAUAUCGUCAGAGGAACCCAGUUGCUCCGGAGAUGCAGGGCAAUGGGAGAGCACAAGAGAGGAUGAUAGACCUGCACGGGCUGCACGUAAGUGAAGCCCUUCAUGUCCUGAAGCAUGAGCUGAGCGUGUUGAGGAGCACUGCCAGAGCAGGAGAGCCGGGUCUUCUGGUUUAUAUAUGUGUUGGAACUGGCCACCACACCAGGGGUUCUCGCACACCGGCAAGGCUCCCCGUUGCUGUACAGCGAUACCUUCUUGAAGAAGAAGGCCUUGACUACACUGAGCCACAGCCAGGGCUGCUUCGAAUUCUGUUAUACUGUCACACUGAAACCGGUCAUUAUGUGUUCCGAAUCCGAAGUACAAGUACCAGAAUCUUGAGUUUUGGAGGGAAAAGCAGACAAUGCAGCCAAGAAAUGAUAAUGCAGUUGCAAGCCAACCUCCGACCCAAAUCCAUUUUCCUCUCUACCAACAACACUUCAUACUCACAAACUCUUUUCCCUCUCUUCAACUUCUCAUCUCUCUCCUAUCCCAUCUCUAACUCUACCCAUAUCUCACCAUCUUCUUCCUCUUCUCAAUGGUUCUCCGUCCUCCGCACCGCAAUUACCACCAUGGAUUUGCAGCUCGGCAAGCGUGUGCAUGCGCUUAUCAUAACCUCCGGCAACGCCCCCGAUCAUUUUUUGACCAACAACCUCAUUACCGUGUACUCCAAAUGCAGGUCGCUUUCAUGCGCACGCCGCCUGUUCGAUAAAACGCCCGGCCGGGACCUUGUCACCUGGAACUCCAUUCUAGCAGCCUAUGCGCAAGCUGCGGGCUCUGAUGUUGACAAUAUUCAGGAGGGUCUUACCCUUUUCCGGAGUCUUCGCGAGUCUGUCGUUUUUACCAGUAGACUCACUUUGGCGCCGGUUUUAAAGCUGUGCUUGCUCUCAGGGAAUGUAUGGGCUUCGGAGGCUGUUCAUGGUUAUGCUGUUAAAAUUGGAUUGGAAUGGGAUGUGUUUGUUUCUGGUGCACUUGUGAAUAUAUAUUCCAAACUCGGACGGAUUAAAGAGGCUCGUGCAUUGUUUGAUGGGAUGGAGGAAAGAGAUGUGGUGAUGUGGAAUACAAUGCUCAAGGCCUAUAUGGAGAUGGGUCUUGAGAAAGAAGGACUUUCUCUCUUCUCUGCAUUUCACCGGAGUGGAUUACGUCCUGAUGAUGUCAGUGUGCGUUCUGUUCUUAGUGGGAUUGACAAAUUUGAUUCUUAUGAAGGCAAGAGGAACAUGGAGCAGGUUCAAGCAUAUGCAGUGAAAUUGUUUCGUUGUGAUGAUAUUAAAUUGUUCAGUUACAAAGAUACUAAGUCAGACAUAUAUUCGUGGAACAAGACAUUGUCCGAGUAUGUUCAAGCUGGUGAAAAUUGGGCUGCUAUAGACUGUUUUAGAAAUACGGUUAGAUCAAAAGUAGAGUUUGACAGUGUGACAUUAGUUGUUAUUCUAUCUGCAGUUGCAGGUGUAAGUGGUUUGGAGUUGGGGAAACAGAUUCACAGUGCUGCUUUGAGAUCAGGGUUUGAUUCUGUUGUUUCUGUUACAAAUAGCCUUAUCAAUGUGUAUUCAAAGGCUCAUUCUGUUUAUUCUGCUAGAAAAGUGUUCAAUAACAUGAAGGAAGCGGACUUAAUUACUUGGAACUCAAUGAUAUCAUGUUGUGCGCAAAGUGGUUUAGGAGAGGAAUCGGUGAUUUUAUUUAUAGGCUUAUUACGUGAUGGUCUAAGACCUGAUCAAUUUACUAUGGCAAGUGUUUUAAGGGCUUGCUCCUCACUUGAAGGAGGGUUGUGUGUCAGUAAACAGAUUCAUGUUCAUGCUAUAAAAUCUGCUAUUGUCGCUGACCGUUUUGUUUCAACGGCUCUUAUUGAUGUUUAUUCUAGAAGUGGAAAGAUGGAGGAGGCGGAGAUCCUUUUUGAAAACAAACUUAAAUUCAAUAUGGCAUCUUGGAAUGCAAUGAUGUUUGGGUACAUAAUGAGUAAUGACAGUCACAAAGCAUUGAAACUUAUGAGGAUGAUGCAUGAAAGUGGACAGAGGGCAGAUGAAAUUACUUUGGCGACUGUGGCUAAGGCAACUAGUAGCCUGGUAGCUUUGGAACCAGGGAUGCAAAUUCAUGCUCAUGCCAUAAGAACAGGGUUUUCUUCAGAUCUAUUUGUUAAUAGCGGUAUUCUAGAUAUGUAUAUUAAAUGUGGAGAAAUGCGAAGUGCACACAGAAUUUUCAAUGGCAUCCCUACACCUGAUGAUGUUGCAUGGACAACUAUGAUCUCAGGCUGUGUAGAAAAUGGGGAUGAAGGGCGCUCUCUUUAUAUAUACCAUCAGAUGAAGCAGUCGGGAGUUCAGCCUGAUGAGUAUACCUUUGCUACCCUUGUCAAAGCCAGCUCUUGUCUGACAGCAUUGGAACAAGGGAAACAGAUACAUGCAGAUGUGAUAAAGUUGGAUUGUUCCUUGGACCCUUUUGUUGCAACAUCACUUGUUGACAUGUAUGCUAAGUGUGGUAACAUAGAAGAUGCGUAUCGUUUAUUCAGAAGGAUGGAUGUUAGGAACAUUGCCCUGUGGAAUGCCAUGUUGGUGGGUUUAGCUCAGCAUGGAAAUGCUGAAGAAGCACUAAAUCUUUUCAGAGUCAUGAAAUCUAAGAACGUUGAGCCUGAUAGAGUUACUUUCAUUGGAGUCCUUUCAGCAUGUAGCCAUUCUGGUUUAGUUUCUGAAGCUUAUGAGCAUUUUUCUUCAAUGCAAAAGGAUUAUGGCGUUGAACCUGAGAUUGAGCAUUACUCUUGCCUAGUGGAUGGCCUUGGUCGUGCAGGGCAUGUUCAAGAGGCAGAAAAGCUGAUAGCAUCAAUGCCCUUUGAAGCUUCUGCUUCAAUGUACGGAGCCCUGCUUGGUGCUUCCAGGAUUAAAGGGGACACAGAAACCGGAAAACGAGUAGCAGCACAGCUCUUGGCCAUGGAGCCAUCUGACUCAUCCGCCUACGUUCUUUUAUCCAACAUCUAUGCUGCUGCCAACCAGUGGGAUGUUGUGAGUGAUGCUAGAACAAUGAUGAAGAGGCAGAAGGUAAAGAAAGAACCAGGUUUCAGCUGGAUAAAUGUAAAGAACAAGGUACAUUUGUUCGUGGUAGACGAUAAAUCCCAUCCACAAGCUGAUCAGAUAUAUGACAAGGUGGAGGACUUGAUGAAACGGAUCGGCGAAGAAGGGUACGUCCCGGAUACAAAGUUUGCACUGGUUGAUAUUGAAGAAUAGGAGAAAGAGCGUUCUCUCUAU